GAUUAAGAUGAUAAACACGUGAUUUAGUGAGUGAGUUGCUUAAAGUUGUUUAAGGUAAAAACUUAUUCAUUUUCAAAUGUUACCUUGUGUUGAUUUAAUCAACUUUAAUAAUCAUCUUGGUUAAUUGUUGAUUAACUUUUCAAUUGUGUGUAACUGUGUCCACUAUGUUUUGAUAUAAAUCAAUAUAAAUGUGUAUUAGUUGAUUGGUUAAUUGUCCUUGAUUGUUUUAAACACGAAAUUGUUACCUCUCAAAUUAUUUGAACAUUUUUUUUAUUAUUUACCAAUUGUUGAUUGUUAAUUGUUUCAAUUAUUUGUACUUUGUCAUCAAAGCUUGUUAAUUCACAUGUCGGAUUGAUUUAAUAUCAUCAAUUUUUCAUCUGAUUACAUUGGAAACAAUUAACUUAAUUGUGAAAAGUGAAAGUUAAUCAACAAGGAAAAGUUUGACUUUCAUUUUUUGUUCACAAUUCAUUGAAGAUCCAAAAUUGGAAAACUUUUUCUCAAGUAACUCAAAAAUCAUCUUGAAGAUCACAAUUUAAAUGUAACGAACAACAAUUAAACCCAUUGACGAAUUAAACCAAUGAUCAUUAAUUAGUUUAAUCAGUAAAUUAUGCCUGGUAGUUUACUAGAAACAAUUAAUAGUAAUAGUAAAAGUGACGAGGAAAAAUUAAAAUCUUCUCAACGAUCAGCAACUCGAUUGUCACCAUUUUCACCAACACCAAGCGUACAAUUAAAGAGUAACAAUUAUAAUCGUAAUAAUAACAAUCAACUAAUCAGCUCAGCUCGGUCUGAUAGAUCUGAUGGUUCUAAUUGUGAUUCGGAAGGCGGUGGAUCAACAUCAACAACAACAUCAACCUCCAACAAAAAGGUUUCCUUCAAUAAAGCAGUUCGAGUGAAAAAAUAUUCAUCACCACCAACACACUCAGGUGAUUUAAGUGAAAGUAAAUUUUGGUUUAGAGUGCACAAGGCCAAUAAUUGUGACCACCUAAACAACAAUCAACUAAAUCAACAACAGUUAAUACCGACUGAUAAUCAACAGCAACCACAACAACCACAACAACAACAGCGACAUCAACAAUUACCAUCAACCGAUCAUUCAAUUCAAUCCUUACCUUCAAAAGGUAAACUUGAUUUAUCCUCAUCUUUAUCAUCUACUCAUCAUCUUGAUUCUUUUAUUAAUUCUAGUCAAUUGUUUAAUUUAAAUUCUAAAGGUUCACCAUUGUCUAAUUCUGUUAAUUGUGAUUCCCAUUGUGAGACUGUUAAUGGAAAUCAACCUUUAAUUGAGAGUGAAUUUAAAUCAUCAUCAUCAACAACAACAUCGCCAUUGAAUAAAUCAACAACUUCUAUUGGUGAUAUUACCUCAACAACAAUGCCUCCAAUUAGUAGUUCUCGUAAAAAUGGAGUUAAAAUAAUUGAUUAUUCUGUUGAUGAUCAAUCAAAUGGAGGUGCUGAUGAUGGUGGGAAAAUGUCCACAUCAAAAGGAUCAGAAAUUGAUAAUCAUAGUAAUUUAAAAUCGACCAGUGGAAAAUCAACUCAACGAAUAAUCAAUUACGAACCUUAUAAAAGUGCCUCAACUAUUGCUCUUGAUAUUGAUUCCUCUUUAAGGCCUAGGUCACCUUCGCCCGUUAGUAAAACUGGACGACAUUCUAGUGUUGAUAGUGCCUCAAGGAAAGUUAAUCCAACUACUGCCAAUAACAAUAAUAACAUAAUUGUUACCAAUUCAAUUCGACCAGGAUCGGUAGUGAGUGAGGAAAUUAUUGAAACUAAAACCGUUGAGAAAAAAAAUCCUCUUCUCAGUGGAGUUAAGGUGAUGUUUGGUGUUAAAGCCAAACGAGCGCCGACAUUUCCAACUAUGCCAAAUCGAUCUAAAUCAGUUGAUCGAACCAACAAUUCAACAACAAUCAAGCCAAUAACAACAAACAAAACAACAGCGACCAUUGUAAGACCAACAUUUGCCUCCAGGACAACAUCGUCCACCUUAAAGUCAAGAGAUUCACCACAAACCAAUUCUUCAACUCUACGAUCUAGACAAUCAGAAUCAACUAAUCAGCCUCUUAAAUCAUCGUUAACAACAUCUCGUAAUCCACCAUUAACAUCAAGCCUAAAGAAAACACAAGCACCAACACCAAGUAAAAAUGUUCGUGAUUUAAGCGCAUCUCGUGUCACAACUAAAUCGCCGCCAUCGUUAGUGUCCAGUGAAAUUAACAAAUUGAUGUCUACCGUGUCCACUACCAAAAAACAGCCAUCGCCAUCUACGACUCUGAAUGACGAAGUGACCAGUAAAAAAGAAAUGGACCUUAAAGGUGAUGAUUAUGUUGAUACCGUUGAAAUGGCUCGUGAAAGGCCAGCUGAUCGAUCAACAGGUGAUUUAACUCCUGUUUCUACCUGGAAUUCAGGUCCAGUUUUAAUUUCUAACGUGGCCAAUAAAGAGACAAGUUCGUCUUACAUUCCCGGCGAGGGUAAAUUAAUGGCUUCUUUUGAGGAAGGAACCAAAGUUUGGAAAUCAAAAUCUCGCCGUGUUUACGAGGAGCCAAUAAAAAUACCAAGAGAAACUUCAGUCUCUCCUGAAAGGCAUGAUUCAAUUUCCCCUGAACGAUUAACAGUCAAAUCUAAAUCUCCUGAUAGACAAUCAUCUUCAUCUCGUAACCAAUCACCUGAUCGACUUUAUCGAAAACAUCAAAGUCGUAAAGGGUCACCUACAAGAGAUGAACAAUUAUCACAAAGUUCAAUUGGAAAAUCGCGUCUUCGAUCAAUUUCACCUGAACGACCAUCAUCAUCGGCUGGUUAUCGAUCACAAAUAAGACACAGAUCACCUUCACCGAUAAUGAUUGAGAGAAAAUCUCCCGCCACAACACCGAUAACCGUUGACAUUGAGGAAGACGCAAUUGACGGAGGAGGAUUAAAGAAAUCAAAUCGAACUCGAUUUUCGCCUACACAUGAAACAUUUUAUCGAUCAUCAUCUUCGAUUAGUGAUAAUCACAAAUCACUUCCAACUGCGGAUGAUUUGGACGAGAAUUUCCUUCGUAAAGAAGUUUAUCUCAAUGACCGUGAACCAGAUCAUGUCGAUCACGACGAUUUAAUUGUUGAUUACACACCUAAAAUGGAGGACAAGGCCUGUCAAUGUAACCUUAAAAGGUCAAGUAAAUAUCGAGGAAAGGAGGAGACCGAUUCACUUUGCGAUUUAGGAUAUCGAGUGAUUAAACCAGCGACCGAUGGGUCAGUCUCAACGUUUUCCAAUGUUCCUGAUAUUUCAGAUGCUGAGACUGAAAUUGAUCGACAAUCAAAUAGACCAAUGAGUCGAGAUGGUUCACCAAUUGUUGACCGUCGAUCACCACAAACUAAUCAUCAUCAUCAUCAUCAUCGCCCAGAAGUAAUUUACAGUCAAAUUGAUCGAACCAAAAAGCGAUCAACUAAUCAAUCAUCACCAUUACCACCAGAUGAUUAUCUUGACCAUCAUAAUCUUGACCAACCAGGUGAAUAUGGUCCAGAUGAUUAUCUUUAUGAAUCUAAUGCAAUCAAAUCAGCUCGAUCAUCGGUCUCACCAAGUAGAGGUGAAAACACAAGACGCUCAAUGGAAACGUCCUCAUAUCGACAUCAAUCACCUUCGCCUUCACCAAGCCGUCGGUACAUGUUUGAGAUCGAGCGACAAAGUAAACCCGAUUUACCUUCGCCAUCACCAAGGCCUCCAAAUAAAACUGUUUCCGUUGCUCAUAAAACCUAUGGGUUCAACAUGAGAACUGCGUUAGAAGCUCCCGAAGUUCACCUUCCAACUCGACCUCCGUCAACGAAGCCCGUUCGAGUGAUUGAAGCCCCUUAUCACCAUCACCAACCACAACAACACCAUACCACCCACAUGACGAAUUAAUGUCGCGAUCAACGGGUGGACGAUUAGAAAGAAUGAGAGAUGAAAAUUUAUCGGGCGAUGAGUUGAUUCAUAAUCGUCGAGGGAGUAUUUCUGAUCCCGAUGAUUUGAUUGCACCAAAAUCAAUUAUUCGUGAAAUUGA